AUGCCAAAGUGUACCUUCAUCACAGAAGAGGAGACCUCAUUGCCUGGCCACAAGCCGAUGAAGGACCGUCUCACCCUCCUGUUCUGCGCCAACGCCAGUGAGGACCUUAAGAUCAAGCCCCUGCUUGUCUACCAUUCAGAGAACCCACGGGCCUUCAAGAAACACAAGGUGAACAAGGAGCAGUUGAGCGUUUUGUGGCAGUCUAACCCAAAGGCUUGAGUCACAUGCCUCUUGUUUGUGAAGUGGGUCAAUGCGGUUUUUGGUCCUGCUAUGAAGAAGUACCUUGUGGAAAAUAACCUGCCACUCAAGGGCAUGCUGCUCAUGGACAAUGCUCCUGCCCAACCUCGACGCCUCGAUGAAGACUUGCUGGAGGACUUUAAUUUCAUCAAGGUCAUGUUCUUUCCGUCUAACACCAACCCACUACUCCAGCCAAUGGACCAAUUUUAA